CUGUAGCCUGUAGCUUGCCCCUCAUCAAAACUUUAAAGCUAGCUAUAGCCCACAGCAAAUCCGUUCGAGAAAUCUCUCUCACAGUUCUCACACACUCGAGCCUUUAUUUUAUCUCAAUGAUAUAAUAAAACGAUUUAUCAACAGAAAAGAUGGAUCAGUAAGGAUCCCAAAAACCCACAAGGAAAUGAUAAUGAUGAAAUGAAGGAGAGGCAACGUUGGCAACCAGAAGAAGACGCCAUCUUGAGAGCAUACGUGAAGCAAUAUGGCCCUAAAGAAUGGAACCUCAUUUCUCAGCGCAUGCCAAAACCUCUCAAUCGAGACCCCAAGUCCUGUCUCGAACGCUGGAAAAACUACCUCAAACCCGGCAUCAAAAAGGGUUCUUUAACCCCGGAAGAACAAUCUUUAGUCAUUUCUUUACAGGCCAAGUACGGCAACAAGUGGAAAAAGAUUGCCAGUGAAGUCCCCGGAAGAACCGCGAAAAGACUCGGCAAGUGGUGGGAAGUUUUUAAGGAGAAACAGUUGAAACAAUUGCAUAAGCAAAGAAGAGAGUAUUCGGAUCAAGAAGGGAAUGUUAUUCAAGUCACUUCGGCGUCGGUUUCUUCGCCGGAAAAGGUUGCUCAGGGGAGGUACGAUCAUAUUUUAGAGACUUUUGCGGAGAAGUACGUUCAACCGAAGCUUUUUGCAUUGCAGUCUUUGAAUAAUCUGAGCCCUACUAGUAUUAUUAUGCCUAAUAUGUCAUUGCCGGAUCCUGAACCGGUUCUUUCACUUGGGUCGGGUCCUUCAACUUCUUCCGCAAAUGUGCUUCCUUUAUGGAUGAAUAAUCAUAAUACUUGUUCAUCUUUGUCAUCUUCAACUUCUUCCACAACCACAGCUUCUCCUUCUGUGAGUUUAUCUCUCUCGCCGUCUGAACCUCCUGCUCUUGAUCCGGUUGACAUGACCCGGUUCAUGCCAGGUCAACAAGUGGGCACUUUGAUACAGUGCUGUAAGGAGCUUGAAGAGGGUAAACAAAGCUGGCUGCAACACAAGAAGGAAGCGACAUGGAGACUAAGUAGAUUGGAGCAGCAACUGGAGUCAGAGAAAGCGAGGAAGAGAAGAGAAAAAAUGGAGGAAGUUGAGGCAAAGAUUAGAUCUUUAAGAGAAGAAGAAAUGGCGUUUCUGGGUAGACUUGAGAGUGAAUAUAGAGAACAGUUGACUAGUUUGCAGAGAGAUGCCGAGAGCAAAGAGGCAAAGUUAAUGGAAGCUUGGUGUAAUAAACAUGUUAAACUGAUGAAGCUCAUUGAGCAGAUUGGGGUUCACAGUGGCCAUGGAAACGGAUUCUGUAUCCCAAAGGAUUUGCUGUAGUUAGCCAUAGCUAUAACUAUGAAAUAUUAUGACGAGUAAUGCAUUUUGAAUCAGCUUUUGGGCAAGGGUUUUAUGUAACAAAAUGAUCC